CGUCAACAACCAGGAUGCAGCGUCACACAAUUUCCUGCAAAGGUGCUUUGGAGUUUUUGAGAAGAUAAUGCAUUCGUUCAAAUCUUCAGUUCUGAUCAAGAGCACACAAACCAGUCACCUGGGAUCAUCUGUCUCUGGACUUUACAGGUGAACAUGGCUGGCCAGGUUUCGAAUCUCACGAUGUUCGAGGAAAGCAAUUUAACCACCAAUGAAACGUGUCCGAUUUUUGAUGGCAUACUGUAUCCCUUCAUACCCAUUGGCUACAUCAUCAUCUGUUGUAUGGGACUGCUCUGCAACACCGUCACCCUCUACAUAUUUUUCCUCCGACGGCACGCCGACUCUUCCAUGGCCGUGUAUAUGCGUCACCUCGCAUUGGCCGACACUCUCCUGGUCCUGUGUUUGCCACUGCGGAUCUACUACCACAAUAAAGAAGGUCCCUAUUAUUUGUGCAAGGUGGUGGGCAUCUUCUUCUACAUUAACAUGUAUUCCAGCAUCCUGUUCCUCAGCCUUAUCAGCUUGGAUCGCUACUUAAAAAUCAUCAAGCCCGUUUGGGUGUUUCGUAUCCAGAAGACAAGCUGGAGCCAAAUGGUAAGCUAUACCAUCUGGGUGAUCCUCAUAUCGGGAACGAGUCCUUUCUUCGUGAGCAGCAACCAGUCACAUCCAUGCAACAAGAUCUGUUUUCACUUCCACAGCAAGGGGGUUCUCGGUGGCAUUAUAAACCUUACUACCGUGGUGCUUUUCCUUAUUUUUUACGUGGCCUUUCUUUGCUUUUAUGGUAAGAUCACUAAUAAAAUUAGGACUAUGUCCAUUGGAAAUGGUGAGCCUAAGGGACAAAGUCGCAAAAAGUGGAUCAUCGUAAAGACUUUCCUGGUACCGGCGAUUUUUACGCUAUGCUUCUUACCUUACCACGCAGUACGUAUCCCGUAUGUUCUGGCACAAAUGAGUGUGAUAGGAGAUCUUGGGAGCAAACAAAUGUUGCACAUCUUAAAUGAGAGCACCUUGCUAUUGUCCACACUUAAUAGCUGCCUAGACCCAGUUAUCUAUUAUUUCUUAUCAAAAGCUUACAGGAAAACCAUACUGUGUGCUAUUCAGGGCGAGUUUAAAAACAUGUAUGCUUUAAACAGACGAAGGAUCAGCAUAAACCGCUCACUCACUGAAAUUUAGCUUAACAGAUCGCUUGCAGUCAUUUGAUACCUAUAAAUAAAGAUCAACAAUGCUGUCACUGGGGCAGUACCCUGUCAAAAAUGACACUUUUCCCCUUUGUGAGUUUUUAUAAGUACCCCAAAGGUACAUAUCGGUACCAAAUGUAUACAUAUAUGUACCUAUUAGGUACCACCCCAGUGACAUGCAGCUUGCAUUUUUGUCUUUUUUUUUCUGACAGUAUAUAGAUAUAGAAUGGAACCUUUUUUUAAUUUUCCUUAAUGGCUUUACUUUGAAGAGUAAAAAAUUUGUCUUACGUUUCAUUCACGACAUUCCCAUGCCUCCAUUUGUGGAAUUUCAAAAGUUUUCUUUUUAAUAUUUGGAUGACUUUAUCAUUACUCUAAAACUAAAAAAAGAAUAGUUUAAUAUUAUUAAUAAAAAUGAGUGUGUCCAAAUGUUUAACUGGUAGCGUAUGUGUAGUAAUGUAAAUACAGAAUACUUUAUAUAUACUGACUGUAGCAUUUAUUGUAUAUUUGUGUAUAGAUAUAUUAAAGCUUUAUCAGAUUUUUCAUAACCAUAUUAAAAUUUUACUCAUAGCUUUGUUUUUGUGAAAUAGUGUUAUUAAUUUAUAGAAAGAAUAACGUAUAUUUUUGCUAGUUAUGAGUGUGAAGUAUAAAAUGACCUUUGCAAAUGUCACAGAUCUUCCACGGAUGUCAUAGCUCAACAGUGUUGUUUUGUGAUUUUUUUUUGUGGUGGUGAUGUAUGUGUUAGCCACAUUAAACAUUGAAGCAACUUAGUUUAUUAAUGGGAAGUUAAAUGCACUUUUUGUUUAAUCUAUAUUUAUUUAAAAAUACUUUUUUUAUUUGAAUUUUGCACCUGAGAGCCUAUCAGUUAUUGAAUAUUGUACUUUUUUAAGUUACCUGAACAGAAAUACUAAGGUGGUAGUUGUUUGAUUUUGUGUGUCUUUUUUUUAAUGCAUUACUGGCUUACUGUAUCUUUAUGUGUACAUGCAUACAUGCCUGUAAUCUGUAAGUUAUUACAUUAACAUGUUGUGAAAAU